AAGUAACUGUGUGUUCAGUUGAGCUUUGGUCAUGUCUGGAGCAUUGACUGUUGGUCUACUGCUACUGUGGGGCAGCGCCUGCUUAUGGCUGCCCAGCCCGGUUCAGGGAGAUUUGGUCAUCCCUGGACCUCAUGGAGCUGCCGAGGAGGCAAGGUCACUGAAGAAAAGAAGUACGCAGGAUCUCACGGUGGAGGUGCACAGUGUGAAGGUGGACUGUGUCGUGAUGUCUCGGUUCGCUCACACUGUCAUAACAUCCACGGCUUUGAACAAAGCCAACGUCUCGCAGGAAAUCUUCUUCGAAGUGGACCUCCCCAAAACGGCCUUCAUCACCAAUUUUACCAUGGAGAUUGAUGGUCAAGUGUAUGUCGGAGAGGUGAAGGAGAAAGAGAAAGCCAAGAAACAGUAUGAGAAGGCGGUUUCUUCAGGACAGACCGCCGGACUGGUCAAGGCUUCUGGGAGGAAGAUGGAGAAGUUUUCAGUGUCUGUCAACAUCGCCGCGAAAAGUAACGUUACGUUCGUUUUGACCCACGAGGAGCUCCUCCAGAGGAAACUGGGCCAGUAUGAGAUUCUGACCCGAGUGAAACCAAAACAACUUGUCCAGGAGUUUCAGAUCGUAGCGAACAUCUAUGAGCCUCAAGGGAUUGCUUCAGUUGACACCCAUGCGACGUUUCUCACCAAUGAAUUGCUCUCCACGGUGGAGAAAACUGUGACCGAGAAGAAGGCACACAUUGCCUUCUCACCGAGUCUGGAUCAGCAGAGAGAAUGCCCGGACUGUGAUGGCACACUGAUGGAUGGAGAUUUUGUCAUCUCGUAUGAUGUGAAGCGUGCAACCAGCCUCGGGGACAUUCAGAUUGUGAACGGAUACUUUGUGCAUUACUUUGCACCACCCGACCUGCCAAGAGUGCCAACAAAUGUAGUGUUUGUGAUCGAUAGGAGCGGCUCAAUGUCCGGAAAUAAAAUGUACCAGACCCGAAUUGCAAUGAAAGCCAUCCUUUCUGAUCUGAAAGAGGAUGACCAUUUUGCCAUUGUGCAGUUUGAUGACGAGAUUGAUUGUUGGAAGGAAACACUGAUUAAAGCUACAAAGGACAACGUGGCCGAGGCCAUACAAUAUGCCGAUUCGUUGAGUGCCAGAGGAGGAACUGACAUAAAUGAUGCAUUGUUAAGAGGAUUGAAAAUGCUGCUGGAAGACAAAGCCGAGAAGAGGGUCCCAGAGCGAAGCGUUGACAUGAUCAUUUUACUCACUGAUGGAAUGCCCAAUUCAGGUGAGACAGAUCCGAGAAGGAUCCAAGAGAAUAUGGCCGCCGCCAGUGGCGGAAACACGACUUUAUUCAGUCUCGGGUUUGGAAAUAAUGUGGACUAUGGCUUCUUAAAUGUGCUAAGUCAAAAGAACAAAGGACUGGCUCGUAGAAUCUUUGAGGCCUCCGAUACCGUUCUUCAACUUCAGGGUUUCUUCGAGGAGGUGUCCAGCCCGUUGCUUUCCGAGGUGGAUUUACGUUACCCUGACAAUGCAGUGGGUUUUCUAACCACCAACCACUUUAGCCAGUUGUUUAAUGGCUCUGAGAUUGUGGUGGCUGGUCGACUGCUGGACAAUGACCUGGACAACAUGCUGGUGGAAGUGGUCGGCCAAGGGUCUGAGGAGAACUUCCAAGUGCAGGGCCAGACCAGUGCUCUGGACUGGGGCACGAUUUAUCCAGACGACAAGUACAUCUUUGGGGACUUCACCGAGCGUCUGUGGGCUUAUCUUACCAUUCAGCAAUUACUGGAGAAGAGCAAGACUGGUGGCCAGGAUGAGAAAGAAAAUGCCACAGCCAAGGCCUUGGAGAUGUCCCUACAAUACAGUUUUGUCACCCCUCUCACUUCCAUGGUGGUCACCAAACCUGAGAUUGAGAACAAAACAGACACUCCCCUCAUUGCUAACAAACUGACUGAGGAGGAAAGACAAGCGGCAGAGCGAGCACGCCCUUAUGACACUUUUCCAUCCCAUACUGCCUAUGCUCCACCCUCUUAUUUUGUGGAUGGAGAUCCCCAUUUUAUCCUCGAGCUACCAGACAGCGACGAUGCGCUGUGUUUCAAUAUCAAUGACAAACCAGGAACUAUUCUCAACCUUGUCAAAGACACAAAGUCAGGUAUUUUGGUGAAUGGCCAGACCAUAGGAGACAAACAAAUUCCUCCCGACGGUAAAAUCUAUACGUACUUUUGGCGUUUUGGCAUAAUCCACAGAAAUCUUGGAGUGAGGAUGGAGGUGAGCACUAAAGGCAUUUCAGUGAUCCAAGAUGGCAAUCGAAUCAGGUUGCAGUGGUCCAACACGACUUCCCUCAAGGGAGAUAACGUGGAUAUUCUCGUGACCAAGGAUCGCAGCCUGACAGUAACUCUAAAAGAUUCUGUGAAGUUUGUGAUCCUGCUACAUAAAGUGUGGAAGAAGCACCCGUACCAUCAGGAUUAUUUGGGCUUCUACACUCUGGACACGCACCACCUGUCACCGUCUGUUCAUGGGAUGCUAGGUCAGUUCUACCACGGGCUUAAAUACGAGGUCACAAACUUGCGCCCCGGAGAAGUCCCAGAGAAACCAGAUGCCACCAUGUACGUCAAGGGACAUGAGCUCAAUGUGACCAGAGGCUGGCAACGAGACUUCAGAAGAGAUGUGAAGAACGGAGAAAAUGUUCCCUGCUGGUUCAUUCAUAAUAAUGGCACAGGCCUCAUUGACGGAGAUGUCUCGGACUACAUUGUGUCUGGCCUCUUUAAAACAGUUUAGAGAAAAAAAAUGUCUAAUGAUGUUUUUCUUGAUCCAUAAUGAUAAAACACAAAUCAGAGCAGUUUCAUACGUAUGUGGAAUAAAACCUAUCAUUUAAU